AUGUCGCAAAGCAAAGAGCUACGCAAGCGCGCGAAACGCGAACACGACUACGAGCCUCAAUUCCCUGUCAACAAAGACAGCAAUGGAACACACGAAAGGCGUUCCUCUACAUUCUUGAAGCUCCCACGCGAGCUCCGCGACAUGGUGUACCAUCACCUAUGGAAGGCCACGCCGGUGCUCAAGGCAAAGUGCCGUCAAAUAUCGUACUACGCCCUCGAAUUCCCCAACGCCACACAAGAAACGGCAAAGAUAUUCAGAUUCACGGUGUCGUAUGACGGAGGCGACGAAUACGAUCAGCAUCGCCUCACACGCGAGAAUCUUCCGCAGUGGCUCUGUGCCAACAAGGCGAUCUUGGAGGAGGGACUGGAGCAGCUUCGUGCCCACGGUACCUGGCGCAUGAGCUUCAGUUCCAACAACACUCCCAUAAACAUCAGCUUUCGUGGCCUCCUAACGCCUGCGCUGGCUUAUAAUCUGCGCAUCACAAUUUUGAACCGGGGAGGCUAUGAGAUGUUCAAGGGGACGGAACUGCUGGGGACACCAAAGUCCAUAGACCAGCGAUUCAGCUUGAUGAAGCAAAUCGAGGGUAAUGCACCCGGGCCUCAAAACGGCCACCAGGUCAGGAAGCUCGACUUGACGGUGCCCCAAGCCGCAUUUGGGAACUCGACGCAGGGAGAGCUCUUCCAUGUGUACAUGUCUGGCAUAACGCGGAGCCUGCUGGAUCUGCCUCCAACUGCUUUGCCGUCAUUGCAAGAGAUGACACUCGGGGUGAGGGUUUUUGGCUCAGACUCGCACACUUUCAUGCACAGGGUCGAAAGCGGAGUCUUUACGCGCAUGGGAGAAAACCUUCGCCAAUUGGCAAGCACUGUUCUGGGUGACGAUGCCUCUGAGCACUUUCUCUCGUUUCCUGAAGAUUGUGCACAAUCACAUCUGCGAGUUUGUUUCAAGCGCAAGUGA